AUGGAUGACGAAAUGGUUGAUUUGGUCUCUGAAGUGAUACCCGGCGAGUUAUAUCUUGGUACUCGGUAUGGAGCGGAGUACAAUGCGAUCUUACGGCAGUAUUCGAUUCAAUCAGUUCUUUCAUUAGUAAUAGGAGAAAUAGAGAUCCCCACGUUCAUCAAACAGAAACUUCAAAUUAGUAUCGAGGAUAGUUCUUAUGAAAAUAUUGAAAAACAUUUUGAGGGAUGUAUAACAUUUAUCGAACAAAACCCAAAACCAGUGUUGGUCCAUUGCGAGAUGGGAGUCUCCCGGAGCGCUUCAAUAGUUAUCGCUUAUCUCAUGAAAACUCAGAAAAAGACACUUAAAGAGUCAUACGACUUUGUUAAGGCAAAACGGACUUGGAUUAACCCAAAUAACGGCUUUUGGUGUCAGCUCUAUCACUUUGCAAAAAGUCUGAAUUUACUCGACGACGACUCAGUCAAAUUUUUGUAUUCAAAAUUUGGUGAAAAGGGUAAAAAGGCCUUUGGGAGUCCAAGUCUUCAAAAAGACAAAGAAAAAGAGGAGAAAAAAGAAACAACACUGGACGAGAUGAAAACUUUCCUUCAAAAAUUCGAUAAGGCCGGAUUUUUAUGGGGAAAAUUUUUUAUUUCAUAUUAA